CCCAAAUGCACUGAGGACACGGACAGGAGGGGGAGACAGAGAAUAGCAGAAUCAACAAGGAUUUUUGCAGAAUACAAAGAAUGAAUCCCAUAGUGACUGAUGCCCAGGGGCGGACUGACAAAUCAUGGGGCCCCCAGGCAAUAGGGGAUCAUGGGGCCUCUGUGUUCUUGCCCAAACUCAAAAAAGCCUAUGAAAAAGGUACCAGGGGCAUCUCACGGGGCCCCCUAAUGACCCCGGGUCCUCGGGCAGCGCCCGAGUUUCCAAAUGGUCAGUCCGCCCCUGCUAGUGCCAUUGUAAUACUGUUCUAAU